AAACAAACACUUGCCGUUCUGUGAUUAAAGAAAGUUUUUCGGCUUUUAAAGCUGCUUUCCGAAGUUUUAAAGCAAUAAAAUAGAGUUUUGGGUUUCUCUCCUGUGAAAAACUCAUAUUUGUGAAUAGUAUCGAAGCGCAAUAAAAUCAGUUCCGGUGCUGGUGCUGGUGUACUCGCUUAUCACACUGACCGCCCUGAUCGCCGAUAAGCAGAAUGAAAUUUCGCUUCUGUGGCGAUGGAGACUGUCCCGACUGGGUGCUGGGUGAGAUCCACUCCAACCUGGCCCUGCUCACCACGAACCAGCUGAACGAUCUCGGAGAACAUACGGCAAAGUCAAUCCUUGGAACGGAAAUACCGGAGAACGAAAUCAGCAAAAUCUAUUCCAUCACCAAGGGUUCCAUGGAUGCACCGAAGGGUGGUAUCGCCUGUCUAAGAUUUCUGCUAACCAGUGCAUCCCGGUACAACAUGAAUAGUGACGACUUCAGCACGGAACUGCAGCAGCUGGGACUGCCGAAGCAACACACGGUCAUCAUCUGCCGGUUGUUUGACGGCUACGUUCUGAAGAUACGAGCCGUGCUGCGGGAGAAAAGUUUAAGCAUCAAUCAGCUGGACACAUUUAGCUGCAGCAUUCCGAAGAAUACGAUCGACUGCAUUCAGCUGAAGAUUGGCAUACAGAAUGAGAUCGUCGACGGGUUGCCAAAGAAAACGUCCCAUACGGUCAAUCUGAAUCGCAAUGAUGCGCUGCUGUUACUAAACGAGCUGAAAGCGGUCCGCGAUACGAUGGAGAGCUACAAUUUUGAUAAAAAAUAUUCGGAAGAAAAAUAAAAUGCCUUUGAUGUGAUGCAA